CGCAGAGCAGGCGAAGUGGAAGAAGUUUAGGCGGAAGGGCAAGCAGCGACACGAUGAUAUUGAUCAGCUGGGAAUCAAUCCGAUUCAUCACUACAAGAAUUUCGCCAUGAUGUCGGAGUACGUGACGGACAUGGGGCGAAUCAAGCACAGCAAUGAGACAGGCUUGCGACCGAGAAAUCAACGGCGGAUGGCCAAGGCGAUAAGGAGGGCGAUAGGAACUGGCAUGAUGCCGGGAGUGUACCGACACCCCGAGAUUCUCAGGGUGGAGAUGAAGGAUAGGCGAUCGUUGUGAACCUAACUCGCUGCUCGCCACUCCUUCCUCAUCGGAGAGUCAAUAGCUUAUUCGGGGCGAGUGAGAUAUGUCAUCGUGUGAGUGAGCUCAGGGUUCAAGGCAUGCAUGCGCUUCGCGCUACUUCAUGGUCAGUGCUUCCCAAACGCUUCCUCUUCAAACACUCGCCACCUCCUCAAACCUUCUCUCAACUCUGCAUUUGAUUGUGAGGGUCUCUCAACGCUGUUCUCGUUUCCAUCAACACCAACACCAAAACCAUCAGUCCGCCAUCGCGGCGCAUCAACUCCAUACUCACAAAGCAUCGACAAAUGUCGAAAGGGACACUCCGGCACUGACGCCGAAGACCGUUGCUCCACGCGUCGAUCCUCAUCGCGCGGGCAUCAUGGCGAAGCGCAAGGGGGCCAACGAACGCGAAGUCCCCACGUCGGCACUCUUCAAAGAAAUCCACUAUGGCAACGGCGAGAAUGCGAUGAGUAAGAGAGCCAAAAGGCAUGAUAAGAGGUCAAGAAUUAAAGCCUCAUCGUCAUCAGCGGCCACCAAAGUCCUCAACACAACGGAGCUUCUCGAGCAUAUCCUUCAUCAACUCACCGACGUCCGGGAACUGGUCACCUGCCAACGUGUCAGUCGCGUCUGGUACAACUUGAUCAGCACUUCCCUCAAGCUCCAACAGGAUCUCUUCUUCAAGAGCCAGCCUGCAUCGUGUGUGCCAUCGUGGAACCCGAUCACAUCAUCCAUCGUCAAGUCGUUGGCGAACAAGAUAUACGGGCAGUCCCAUGUGUGGGCACCGUGGCCCCCCGAAAACCGUCUUUGGGCGGCAAGUUGCGGAGGCUACUUCGACCUUCCCAAUCUGAAGAUUUAUAUUCGGCCAGAAUUCCCCCGCCGGCCAGAGUUUCCACGCCAGCCAGAUGGAACCACCAUCAUCCCUCCCUACGACACACUACACUUCUCCCAACCGAAGAGGGUGUGGCCUAUGCCUGCUGAGUUGCCCAUCGUGGUCGCCGAGCGCGACAAGAAGACCAACGCGCUCAAGGCAGCGUCAACGAACGAGGAAUCCUGGCGCAAGAUGUUCCCCACAAAUCCUCCAUCUGUCAUCCAUGUCACUGAACACCCAGAUCACCACAUUGAUCACCUUCUCGGCGUAUCUUACAAAGUAUGGACGCUGGGAGAGCUGGUGGACAAGGUCAUUGAGUUUGCCGACCGACCCGGCUUUGCAGACGGACUGCACAGCGCGAACCGCUCUCUCCGAUACAGUAACUGGCGCUACGCUCCAGUUCCUGACCUCCCUCUCAACAAAUCCGAUGUAGCGCGAUGAGUAUUACACGACCUGACUGAGGCGCUUCAUUCAUCAGCAAGACCGAAUGAUGAAGUCAUUGGGCGAAGAUUCGAGAGGACCGGACGGCUGGAAGAAAGGCACGGCUGGGAGUAAGGCAGGGUGGUAGAAGUAACGACAAUCGGGUACAUGACGUGGUAGUACGCAUCGAUCGCCGCAACAAGAUGCUCACACAAGACUACGAGAUCAUGCGGUGAUAGCGCGCGCCGGCAAGGGAUAGAGAAUUUUGAGAGCGGCGCAAGGGGUUAUGCAGCGCGAUAGCCCUUGAGCGCUUCACUCAGCAUAGCGAAUCGCCAAAUUGAUCCGAGUUCAUCAAAU